AUGUUGAAAUACACUACUAGAAGUUUAUUGAAGAAACAACUCUUAACUCCAAGAGCAACAACAUCGUUGAAUUUAAAAUUUUACUCGACUUCAAUUCCUGAUGCCAAUGAAAAUUCCAAUACUGGUAAAUUCAUUGAUUCUACAUCUAAACCAUAUUCAGUUACUACAUAUGCUAGACCAAAUUUAGUUUUAACUCAUGGUAAAGGAUCAUAUAUUUAUGAUUUAGAAAAUCGUGAAUAUAUUGAUUUUACAUCAGGUAUUGCCGUUACAUGUUUAGGACAUGCUAAUGAAGAAGUCAAUAAAAUUAUAAAUGAACAAUCAUCAAAAUUAUUACAUUGUUCAAAUUUAUAUUAUAAUCAACCAGCAGGAGAAUUAUCUGAAAAAUUAGUUAAUAAAACUAAAGAAAAUGAAGGUAUGAAAGAUGCAAGUAGAGUAUUUUUAUGUAAUUCAGGUACUGAAGCUAAUGAAGCAGCAUUAAAAUUUGCUAGAAAAUAUGGUAAAUCCAUUAAUUCUGAAAAAUAUGAAUUUAUAACAUUUGAAAAUUCAUUUCAUGGAAGAACUAUGGGUGCUUUAUCAAUAACUCCAAAUCCUAAAUAUCAAAAACCUUUUUCACCUUUAAUCCCAGGAGUUAAUGUUGCUAAACCAAAUGAUAUUGAAAGUGUUAAACAAUUAAUUAAUAAAGAUAAAACUUGUGCUGUUAUAAUUGAACCUAUUCAAGGUGAAGGUGGAGUUAAUCCAAUUGAUGAAAAAUUUUUAAUUGAUUUAAGAAAAUUAUGUAAUGAUAAUGAUGUUUUAUUAAUUUAUGAUGAAAUUCAAUGUGGUUUAGGUAGAUCAGGUAAAUUAUGGGCUCAUUCUUGGUUACCAAAAGAAGCUCAUCCUGAUAUUAUUACAAUUGCUAAAGCUUUAGGUAAUGGUUUCCCAAUUGGUGCUACUAUGAUUACUGAAAAAGUAGAAAAUGCUUUACAAGUAGGUGAUCAUGGUACUACUUAUGGUGGUAAUCCAUUAGCUUCUGCAAUUGGUUCAUUUAUUGUUGAAAAAAUAGCAAAUAAAGAAUUUUUGAAUUCUGUUCAAUUAAAAUCAAAAAUAUUUGUUGAUGGUUUACAAAAAAUUGCUAGUGAAAAUCCAAAUGAAAUUAUUCAAGUUAAAGGUAAAGGAUUAUUACUUGGUUUACAAUUUAAACCUGAAUUUGAUAUUGGUAAAGUUGUACAAAAAUGUAGAGAAAAUGGUUUGUUGGUUAUCACCGCCGGUAUGAACACUGUUAGACUUGUUCCUGCUUUAAACAUCCCAGAUGAAGCAAUUAAAGAAGGUCUUGACAUUCUUAGUAAAAGUAUUGCAGAAAGUAAGUAG